CCUUGACCGGUUCCAACGGCGUCGUUUGGAAAGAAAUUACGCACGGGCGACGUCGUAUUCGAGGAGACUAUUUACCUUCUUCCACAUGGAGCAUACUGAAGCUCUACAAACUUCCAUAUCUUCCCUUAAAUAUCAAAACUUUCAAUUCCCUGAGUAUUUGCUUUCACUUUUUCACACGGCCUGCAAUAAGGGGAGAGGGAGAAAAAGAGAGGGAAAGAAAAGAGAUAACAAAAGCCCACUUCUCAAAAAUCAUGGAUUUGCUUUCACCUCGGUGCAUGAGAUUUUCUCCACCAAGCACCAGCUUCACAUACAGGUCUUCUCUUUCAAACCACAACUUCCCAUUCCCAUCCUGGAAACACCCAUUUCUUGCAAUUCCAAUAAAGUCCUUCACACUUCAUGCCAAGAAGAGAAACUCUCAGCCUGAACCAGUUCUCAAACCAACCAUAAUUGAAGAAGUAUCAAUGGAUAAUGAAGAUGAAGAACAGCUUCUGUUUGAUGACCUUGGUGAUGAGGCAUUGAUUGAUGGAGAAGAUGAGGAUUUUGAGGAUGAGUACCUGGAAGAUGAAGCAGAACUCUACGUUGGAGAUGGAGCUGGAGGAGGUGGAAUUGCGCUUGCUGGGACAUGGUGGGAUAUAGAAGUACUAAGAUUAGCUGAAGAAGUUUGCAAAUCUUUCGAUGGUGAGCUAAAAUUAUAUGCCUUUAAGACAUUGUCAAAUUCUACUAUUCAAGUGCGCAUUGAAAGGCUUACAAAUAGGUCUGGCUCCCCCACUAUGGAAGAUAUUGAAGCCUUUUCCACAACCUAUAGAACAUGGUUGGAUGAAGCCGAGCUUGCUAAAACCAUACCAACUAAUAUAGCUUUGGAGGUGUCGUCUCCUGGUGUUGAAAGGAUAGUUCGAAUUCCAGAAGAGCUGGAUCGGUUCAAGGAUCGGUCUAUGUAUGUGAAAUAUGCCAGUGAAACAUCUGGGAUGGAAUCACCCUCAGAAAAUAAUGGUGUUUUCAGACUCAUUUCUUUUGACAUAGAGACAGAAUGUUGCACUUGGGGUUUGGCAGAUGUGAGGAUAAAUAGAGAGAAAUCAGGGAAGGGAAGACCACUUAGCAAAAAGCAAAGAGAGUGGCGCUUGAACACACGCUUUGAUUCCUUGCUUUUGGUCAGACUAUAUUCUGAAAUUUGAAUGAUACUGUUUCUUUUCUUUUUAUCCCUGAUCUUGUGCAUACCUAUAGGAAACUUCAGCAUUACUCAUUUAGCAUAGUAAUGGCUAUUUCAACACAAAAAUGUAGUUCUCAGUUGGCUGUGUCCCUGUAUGAUAUUGUCCAAUCUGUAUCUUAAAAUCUAAAUUAUCAGAUAUACUGAUUCUAUUUACUGUACAUGUUUGAAUAGAACUUGGUAUCUUCUUCUUCUUC